GGCCCGCCCGCGCCUCCGCUCCGGCACCGACAGCGGCACCGGCACCGAGACCGGAACCGACAGCGGCACCGACACCGGCACCGGGCCGCCAUGGCGCACUCGGCGCCGCUCGGCCUCCUGGAGCAGGGCUGCCCCAUCCAGGUGGAGCACGAUCGCAAGCGGCGGCAGUUCACCGUGCGGCUCAACGGUUGCCACGACAAGGCCGUGCUGCUCUACGAGUACGUGGGGAAGCGCAUCGUGGACCUGCAGCACACGGAGGUGCCCGACGCCUAUCGAGGGAGAGGAAUUGCCAAGCACCUGGCAAAGGCAGCCCUGGACUUUGUGGUGGAGGAGGACCUGAAGGCGCACCUGACGUGCUGGUACAUUCAGAAAUACGUCAAGGAGAACCCUCUGCCGCAGUACCUGGAACAUUUGCAGCCUUAAGGCAGGACUGCUCCCUCACCAGCACACCUGGCCCUGACUGUUCAAGGCGGCCUUGGCUUCUCUGCAGUCUCAGGAACCCCCUUCCCACACUGGCAUUUCCCGGUUUUUUAGCGUGUCCGUGCGGUGUGUGAGAGUGGGCACCUCCUCCUCCUCCUCUGUGCCCACGUGUGAGCAUGGCCACAGCCCCUGGGCCAGGCUGCUCUGGGCACACAGGGUGCCCACCAGUGCUUUUCCCAAGCCAGGGGAUAGAAGAGGGUGAAUUUUCCACCAAACUCCAUCACAAGGCCAGGGCAUGACUUGUUCUGCACCUCAUCCUCUGCCCCCUGCUUGGCAACAGCUCUGAACUUGCUGGGGGAUGUUGGUUAGGGCUGCUCAUAGGGUACCAGCCCCCCUUUGCUCCUGGCAGCUGGGGAGAUGCUGUGGGUUCAGCUUUGUGGGACAGAGGGAGGUGCUGGAGGAGCCCCAGCCCUGUGUCAGGCUCAUCCCCUGCAGCACCUGGUGGGCACCAGGCCGUGUCCAAGGCCACCUGCAGUACAUACCAGAACGUGUGGACCAUGGUGGCACCUCAGGGGCUUUGCUGCCCUGGCUGUGGAGACACUGGGAUGGUGACACCCUCGAGCCUGGAGACAAGAGCCGUGUGAGGAGUGGACUUGGACUGCAGAGGCUGUGGCAGAGGCUGUGCAGAGGAAGAAACGUGGCUGAGUUGCAGAUGCUGCUCCCUGGAGAUGCCAGCUCUUGCCCAGCUUGUGUACACAACCCUGAAGUGGCAUCCCAGAGGGUCAUGGACUGUUAUUCCUGUCUCCCUGCCCUUGGUGUGGACACAGCCUGCUCAGGACAAGAGA